GGCUUUUAGUAUGGGAAGAUACUACCUUGUCCAACCUUCUGAGACUCCAGCUUCAGAAAAGUAGAAAAUGAAGUCCAAAGUGUAGUUGUCAAUGCUGUGCAAGAGUUGAGUACUGAACAAGAGAGAGAUGCACAUUUUUUUCUUCUGUUUUUUGCAGAAUAAUUUUGGCAGAAAUCUGCCAAACAUGGACAGCCGUUGAAUUUUUUUAUGAAGAGCAUCAGAGGAAAUAGAAUCCUUUAUUGAAGUCAGAUGAACAGCUGCUUGAAACUUCAGAUAACGAUCAAAAAGUAUCUUCACUGGCUCUGAAAACAUCAGAAGCUAGCUGCCUUGAAGAUGCAAACAAAUUUGAUGAGAUCAACAGAGACUUCAAAACUUUCUCUUUGUGAAAAAGCUUUGUCUGCAUAUGAAGAAACCAAGCACGUCUUUUCCUUGCUUCUAUUUUGUUUUUUCAGCAGACUUGCUAGACAUCCUUUCAAAAGGAACACAGCCAAAACAGGUAGAGUCUUGGUUGCAAUACCUUGAGGAAACUGCACACAAACUGGUGCGUCUCUGCAUCAUGGAGGCAAUACUGGCCUAUGAAGAGAAGCAGAGAGAACAGUAUGAUAGGCAGAAGCUAACUACUAAAGAAAUUCAUAGUUGUCAAUAUGUUGCUCAUAUGAAUCCAACUGCUGGCAGCUUUACUAUCAAACCUAGGCUCCAGGUAGGUCUUGCCAGUUUGUACAUCAAGACUGGUGCCAAGAACAUGCCAACAGUGUUUUUGCUGACAGAUGCCCAAGUUCCAGAUGAACGCUUUUUUGUGCUGAUUAAUGGCUUGUUGGCAUCAGGAGAGCUUCCAGAUCUGUUCGGUGAUGAAGGCUUGAAGGUCAUAGUUGCAGGAGUUAGAAAAAGUCUGAGCCCUGGGCCUGAUGGACACCAGAGAGCACUGCUGGAGCAUGGAGUAAGGAGAGACUGCCUGGUGAUAGGAUGCCAACAGAAAAUGCCACUUCUCUAAGAAACUGCGAGUGCUGACCUCUGAUGAUGGAUCCCCAGCAACAGGGAAUUAAAUGGAUAAAGAAUACAUGCGGAGCUGACCUUAAGUCAUACGUCUAGGACAGAAAGGAUAUAUCAAGAUUGAAGAGAAAAAAAUGUGAAUUCAACAAGAAUUUCCAUCUCAUCCUUCACACUAAGCUGGCUAACACUCAC